GUGUUGUUUGAGUCGUUGAACGCGGUUGCCGACGAUACGCUUGGUCGCCGAACUCAACGCCGAGGAGGUCUGCUUCAGCGCUUCCUCUCAUACGCCCACCUUCCAACUUCAUAAUCCUCCGCUUGCAACCUUUCUUCGUUCUCUUUCCGUUUUCUUUGCAUUGGGUUUACUUUCGUUGCUAUUUGCUGGAAUCUGAGGUCCCCAGUCCUUCCUUUGUGACGACGUUCCUUGCAACCUCCAUUCUCCCUCGCUCUCCUUCACUUCAACGAACACGCAAACCCACAAUCGUUCACGCUAUCACAAAAAAUGGAUGCACGUCCUCAGAAACAGUCCAUGUCUGAGCUCAAAUACAGACGUUUGAUGGAGCACAAUCAACGUCUGAAGGAUGACCUUGACAGGCCCAGGAUACGCGUGAGCGAGGCCAGCGCGAGCUUGAUCCGGUAUUGCAAGACAACGAAAGACCACCUGAUUCCUUCGGUGUGGGGACCUGUCAGUAAAGCUGACGACCCAUACGCACCUCAGGCGGAGGGAUGUCAAUGCAUAGUAAUGUAACCGUCAGUACCCCGCGCACCACAUCCCCGCCUAGGUUUUCUUCCCAGCGAAACAGAGCAAAUAUGAAAGCAUGCAGACCCGUGCCCAAUUUUCCUUCAAACAUGACCACAAGCGCAUCAGAGUCACACAUGUCUUCUCGGCGACCGUUUCUCCCCCUCAACCGCUCUUGCGCACCCCGACGCUCCUUUUUCGCCACGCUUUUCAAGCACAUAUAAGUACUCAAGCAUCAUUUGGACUGUAAUAAUCAUCGUCUUCUUAGGAUGGAGUAAUAGACCGGUCACCGCGGGUCCUACCCCUUUUCCUUGCUCUCGCGCUUUCUUUCUUUCCUUUCGGAGUCUCCCCACCCGUAGCGCAACCACUUAGAGUCAUCACAUUCUGCGCAUGCACAUCCUUCCGUACAUACAUACGUUCUGCUGUUUAUACCGUCUGUAAUCGACAGAUCCUUUUAUAUUUUGUGUGAAGUGAGAGCG